UUGAAAAGGAGGGGAAACCCAAUGGGUUUUGCUUCAUUCUCCGGACGAGUUUUCUUCGCUUCUAUUUUCAUUCUCUCCGAUUGGCAAAUGUUCAAUGAAUUCGGGGUUGAUGGCGGGCCUGCUGCGAAGGAGUUGAUACCAAAGCUUGAUGAUGCAAAGAAACAUAUAUCAUCUCGAUUCCAUGUAAAUUUUCCAGAUAUCGAAGUUAGACAAUUAGUUUCAACUGCCAUCAUUUUGAAAGGACUUGGUGCUAUUGUAUUUGUAUUUGGCCAUGGAUUGGGAGCCUUGUUACUGUUUGUCUACUUGGUGGCUAGCACUCCGCUUCUCCAUGACUUCUACAAUUAUAGUUCCGAUGAGCCCAGAUACAGUGUUCUGCUGGGAGAUUUCUUGCAGUGUGUUGCACAAUGCGGUGCGUUAGUUUUCUUUACGGGGAUGAAGAACUCAAUGCCAAAGAGACAACUAAGGAAGAAGGCCCCGAAGCAAAAAGCUACUUAGGUGUAAACGAAGAAUUAAAUUUUUUGCAAUCUCCAGUAGUGGAUGUGCAACACCAGAUAAUACUCUGCAAUAGGAAUUUUUUUUUUAUUCUUAGGUUUGAUCAGUCUUUCAUUCACUGAAACAUUUGAACAUUUUUUAAUCUCUUGCCCCAUGUUUAUUUUAUAUGACGACUUGAUUUUGU